UGUCCCUUUCUUUGCGUCAGGGACAGGGGGCCGGAGAGAAUCACAUCACGGCUGAUGAUCUGAGUGAUGAGGCUCCUUUUUAAGUUUGAUAUUGGGCGGGCAUGGCGGCUGUCAGUGCCUAGAGGAAACAUUUUGGAGUUUGUCAAGUAGUGAUGAGUUGGAGGAGUGAGACCGAGAGACUAUGAGACGGUUCGAAGUCUCUCGGAUCUGAGACAUCGAAAGGCUGUGACGACUCAGCUCUCGAUAUGAUCUUUUGAACGUUGCGGCAAACGCAAAUGUUACCUAACGAAGCCGCUCCACCGCAUCCGUCUCAUCGAUCGAGCUCCGAUUAUUCUUAUCUCACCCUGCCCUGCUAUCCCCUCGACGGUCCCAUCACCCUCACCCGGACCAGCUCCCGAAACGAGGGGGGCUUCGACCAGCCCAGACAGGCUCGAGCCGCGCUCUCCAGCCAACGGGACGGGAUGAACUCUUGGCUCGCACAGCAUCGCGUACCAACUCCUCCUGUCCGUGUGGGCUCCCACAUUCGGAGGACAGUCCAGCCGGAUGUCCCUGAUUCCACUCCUCCCAAGGGGGCAACGGGCUCCAUUUCUGGCAAUACGUGGCUGCCAAGCCGCUUCGAGAGCCGGUGCAAACAGCGGACAUCCUGAUGGUCGACGGGCUGGCCUUUCCCAAGCAAGUUGCUCAGGGGAGAUUUCGUCCGUCAAUGUCGCGGCUGUGAGACGAAUCCAACAUGCCAGCGGGCUCUGACACCAGCCCCCCCUCUCUCUCCUGGCUAAUGGAUGCUGUGUCAAGUCACAGUUAGGUCGUAUAUAAGUCGUCGUCUUCUUCGGUUUUAGUUCUGAGGAGGAAACUGUUACUACUUCUCAUUAAGCACUUUCGUCGACCACAGCCUUCUCCUUCGUUCAGUUCCUGGGAACUCCCUUUUGUUGUGUAUUCCUAUCUUUGUUUCAUUCUCUAUAUCAGAUCCUUUUAGGCCGGUCCUUCUUUUUAUACAAUAUUGUUUCGACUGUAUCAUUCACAUAACGACGUUUCGACAGAAUAAACAGACCUCGUCCCCAAUAUCUCCCACAAUGAAGUUCCAAACCCCCACCGUCCUUGCGGCCCUCGUCGCCCUCGCCGCUGCCGAGGUGCCCCAGGAACACUCGCACGAGAAGUACCUCCGGGCCGUCAACGCCCUACUGAAGCAGGACAACCCCAACAACAUUGUCGACGCCGUCUUCGGCCUGCUCGGCAACGCCGCCGCCGCCGACGGCGCGGGCGACGUGACGAACCUCGACUGCCUGCACCAGGUGACGGCCGACUCGGCCUUCAGCGCCGCCAAGGCCGCCGGCGACGUCGACGGCAUGGCCAGCGCCCUCGUCUUCCGCGCCGUCGAGCGCAACACGGGGUCCGUCGGCCUCAAGAGCGUGCUGUACGACGAGACGGCCGUGAACCCGGAGAUAGCGGCCCUGAGCCAGCACCAGGACCCGGCGUCGGAGAACGCCGCCGAGGAGAACAAGGCCAUCACGCUGGAGCUGGCGCGGCAGCUCGCGGCCGUCGGGGCCGACCCGCAACUCGCGCUCGACUCGGGCACUUUUGCCCCUGGUGAUGUCAACGACGCCACAGGGGCCGGGAACACCUGUGACGACGCCGACGAUGCCGAAGGGUGCAUCUUCACCCAGGGUCUGCUCGUUCAGGACGCCACUCCCGAGGAGAUCGAUGCUGCCGUGGCCGAAGGCGCCGGCGGUGCGGGCGGAAACGCCGGGAACGCCGGCGGUGAUGCUGCUGCCGACGACGGUGCUGCCGCAUGCCCUGCCGGCAACGCGACCGAGAGCGCCGCGAACUCAACGAGCGCCGCGACCAGACUGCGCACCAGGGUCCGCCGCAACACUCCCGUCCCGAGGAGUCCCUUGAGCAAGGCGGUCCUGUCCCAACGCGGCGCCGCGGCUACGGUGCGCCGCCAGAACAACAACGGCACUGCUGACGCCGGUGAUGACGCAGACAACGCGGACAACAACGCAGGCAACGACGCCGCCACCGGGACCACCAACAACGUCCAGACUUUCACGGGCGACCUCGGCGGCCCCGCGCCGCCCGUGUCCUCUUCCGCGUCCUCGGACAAGCCGUUCGAGGUCAACGGCGCGACGUUCCUCAACGCGGGCGCGGCGCUGCAGCGGUCGUGCGCGGUGCAGCACAACGCGUGCGCCGACGCGGCCAACUCGGGCGCCGAGGACGUCAGCGUGGCCGACUGCGACGCGCAGGAGGACUCGUGCCUCGCGGCGGCGUCCCUCAAGAAGCUCCGGCGCGCGUCCGGGCUCAACGCGGGCGGGCGGCGGAUGCGCAUCGCGGCGUCCGGUCUGGUCCGGGGCCGUCAGGCGUUCGACUUUGGCGAGUGCGCGGACCCGAGCAUCCAGUUCGCCGAGGGGCUCGACGGCCGGGCGGAGGCGUCGUUCGGCCCCGCGGGCGACUUCGACCACGGGUCGGCGCAGAACAUCAACAUCAUCAGUAGCUUCAUCUGCGGCCAGCUGGGGUCGAGGUGCCAGGCGGACGAGGCUGCCGUGGCGGCUUGCGAGCAGGGCCAGGCUGAUGCGCAGGGUCUUAAGGGGCAAGAGGCUGCCGAUGCGUUCAACUCCGCAUUGGGUCUCUGAGGAAGGUGUUGUUGGUAGUACGUGAUGGAUGUGUAGAUGCAGUUUCUUGGUGUUAGUCCCUCAGUUCUUGGGUGUGUAAGAUGAGAAGAGGCCAAGGUGGGCGGGCUGAGGGGCUGGUGGUUUCGGGUCAAUUUACUUCAUGGCUAGCAUGGAACAUGAAUAACGAAACGAAUGUUUGAU